AUGACAGAAGAAAAGAAAACGGGCUCUUUGGGCUUCUUCUCCAGCUACGACGAUUUGAGCGACAGCAGCAACGACAGCGAGUCGGACGGCGAGGGGGACAGUCGGAGGAAGAAGAAAGCGGGGGCCGAGGGAAGCGAGGCUCAGUCCUCCGAGCAGGGGACGAAGCGAGGAGCCGGCGGAGCUCCUUUACCCAAACCCGACGAGCUGUUCCGUUCCGUGUCCAAACCCGCUUUCCUCUACAACCCGCUGAAUAAGCAGAUAGACUGGGACAGCCUGACGGUCAGAGCUCCGGAAGAGCCUGCCAGAGAAUUUAAGCCAUGGAAGACAAAUGCUGUGCCUCCGCCUGAAAGUUACACUGCAGAGCCAGAGAAGAAGAAAGGACCUCCCCCAGGAAUGGACAUGGCUAUAAAGUGGUCCAAUGUGUACGAGGACAAUGGAGAAGAUGCGCCACAAUCUUAUAGUGGCAAAGCUCGUUUUUUACCUGCAGAAGAGCAACCAUCAGACUCAGAUGAGGACUCAGAGAAGCCAGCGCAGUCUGCCAAGAAACGGCGAGUGGAGACCUUCCAGCAGAAGGAGAAGAGGAAGAGGGAUUUAGGACAAGCCACGUCUGACAAGAACUUUGUUGAAGAAGAGAAAAGGAUCCUCAGGCAAAAGAUUGAGUGAGGACCAAACAACUGCACCCAGGAAUUGCUCCAUAAUUUAAACCUUUUCUAUGAGCAGGGAGCAUUCACAGCAUACGAGCAUCCACUCAUAGAGGGUAAUUUAUCUAUAUGUCGACAUAUUCUAAUUUGAAACAGUUUGUUUUCAGAUAUCUGUGAAUACACAUGAAAAAAUGUUUGAUUUUGAUUUGUUUGUAACUCAGUUACAGUGCUUAACAAAUUCAUUAGACCACAUAAAUACAAAACACAUAUUUUAGAAAUCUGUCAAAAACUUGUUUAAAACUAAAAAUUAUGUUGUUAUUUAUUUGGCAAAUAAACUGAAUUCACAUUUUUAUACCCAAAUUUGAGUUUGGACUUCUUUGAGAAGUCAGAACUUAAUCAAGCAAAACAUUCAACCACUGAAUGUAAUUUUUCUGUGCAGGUAUGCAAGUAAAUAACUAAUUUGGCAUCUUAAUCAAAAAAAUUAAAUGGGCUUUACAAUAUUUUUUUGUUUUUUGAAAAACAGUACAUUUGAAAGUUCAUGGAUAAUAAUAAUAUGUUAGCAUUAAAAAUAUUUUUUGAUUAAAGAGCUUGCAUGUAAUGGUUUUGUUAGUUACCAGUACUGUUAAUUUAGGGCAGCUGUGGCAUAAACCUUACACUGGGCAGUGGUCUGAUAAAUUUGUUAAGCAUACAUUAUUAGAUGGUCCCACUGCAGUCUUCAGGCUAACAGCUGUGAUUCAGGAUGGGUGUGUGUAUGUGCAUAUAUAUAUAUAUAUAUAUAUAUAUAUAUAUAUGUGUAUAUAUAUAUAUAUAUAUGUAUAUAACAGGAUAAGGACAAGACACACUGAUGAGAGGUAUCACAGCUGUACAGCAGUAGUCAUUACCAGACAAUUAACAAAAUUGUGUGUUUCCCUGGUGAAUAAUUUAUUAUAGCCAUUAGGACUGAAGGCCAAAACAUAUUCAACCAAAAGUGUUUAGCUCCUGUUUUUAAAUUUAAAUAACUAUAAUAACAGUGGUGUCUGGCUGUGGUGGUUUACUUGGUCUGUACUUUUGGUUUGUGUUGUAUACUGACUGGCCAUUCGCCACUGAAAUAUGACUGUGUGUUGUGUUCAUGUGGUGAUUUCUUGGAAAUCUGAAAUAACGCAGUUUCUGUGUUCUUCCUAAUUAUGGGCACUAGAUGUCGCCUUUAGGCUGCACUAGAACUCCCUCCAUGUUUAUGUUUAGGUCAGCUGUGUGGCUCUACAAAUGCUGGCCACUCAAAUUACUAUCAGGGCCUGUGUAUAUAUGUUGUCGCUCUCAAAAAAGGGAGUGCUAAUCUUUAAUUUAGAUGUUUGUGUCAUCUCAGUUUUCUUGAGAUGCUUGUUUUGUAUGUACCAGGUAGUACAUCAUAAAAUAAAAAAUGGACUUCCUACAUGUUUAGUUUUAUUCCAGGAAGAUUAUUGGAACAUGGUGUUGUUUUAUGGACCUUUUAUUUCUUCCUGCAAUUCUCUGCAUUCAGUGUGAACAGUUACUGUAUAGAUUUCUCAGUGAUAUAAACCGUUGAGGCAAUAAAAUGGUUUUACUGAA